AAUAAAUAAGAGCGAGAGAGGAAGCGUCGUCGAGAGCGUGAGAGGCAAGAACGAACAGUGGGAAGGAGUGGGAGAGGUAGGAGGGACAAGGCGUCUUUUUUUGGUCCGGCAAAGGAAGACGGCGCCGUUAGAGUCUGAAGUUAUUAUCAAGCAAGUCCCACAACUGAGAGGACAUCGGAAAACCAGUGUCAUGUCAAUGCGCUCCCAACGAACCAUUGAAUGUGAUUCAAGUGGACAAGUGAAGUUUGACCCGGAGCUCUUUGUCAAGGAGUGUGGCGGUGGCGAGGCUGGCCAUCAUCAUCAACAUCAUCAUCAUCAUCACCGAGAGAGGGACCCUAUGCCAAUGCAAAAUUUAACUGCCAAACAACUGAUCUUCGCCAAGCCCAGUCACCUGCCCAAUGAAGCUCGACAGUGACCCGGGAUCAUUCUCAUCCAGCUCAAACUGCUCCAACAUUCUUCACCUGUCCUCCUGUUCGUCGUGACUUUGGCACAAACCGUUCCCUUGAGCGCAAAUCAUUUUCACCCACAAGACCAACGACAAGCUCAGACACAACAACCACACAACAACAGAAGCAACAAACAACACAUGACGAAAAUGCUCCGGAAAUGUCACUUUUGGCCAAGCUCUGAUUUCUUUCAUUUGGCUUCUGAUCCCUUGUUAUUUUAUCCGAGUGAGUGAGUGAGUGUAUGGUGUCCUUUACCUCUCGCUCCGUUCAGUGUGUUGCUUACUUGUCCUUACGACGAGCAUCUCCUCGGUCUGCUUUUGUCACAAUAUUUGUCAUUGAAAGAAGAAAGGAAGGAAACGUGAAAGGAAGAAAGUGUACAACGACAUUUAGCACAACACCAAAACAAAUAUCGAGGACCAGAAGAGGGAGCAACUCGCUUUAAUAUGGAACACCAUGACCACCAACACCACUACCACUACUACCACUACCGCCACCAUCACCACACCCAAGGAAGCAGAGCAAGAGCAAGCAUGAUGGCCUUGUCUCUGGUGAGCACUCUCUAGUGGAUCACGAAUGGAACCAGGUGUGGCAGAGUUCGCUAACUUGACGAUUCAUCGUGACCAAUGUUCAUCUUGGAGUGGAAGUCAAGCAACUGGAGUGCUGUGUACGUCUAAGUGUCAAAUUAAGACGAAGAGAAAAGAGAGAUAGGCGAAAACAUGACGCUAACCUGAUUUCCGCGGCUCUUCGAACAGCCUUUGAUCCCGUGUGGAGGACGCCGUUCAUUUCGGUGUUGUCGUCUUGAAGAAAAAAUGUGGUUGAACCACUUUCAAUACCUCUCACCCCAAGAUUCCAUCAGUUAUCCAUUGAAUAGGAAGAAGGGAAGAGCCAUGAUCCAUCAAUGGAAGAAUCGACAUUUCUCUACAGAUGUCCCAGGGUGGGGCAAUGACAUCCUAGAGGAUACCAUAAUGCCUUCUAUUUCUUCAGCUUCGUUUUCUUCAUCUUCUUCUUCGCCAUCUUCCAAUUCUUCUCAUUCCCCCUCGUCCUUGUCCUACUCCACCUUCCCUUGUUCCUCUGCAUCUUCUUCAAGAACAUUGCCGUCAGCGUCGAGCCUCGGACAUGACAGUCGUCCUUUCAAGGAUGAUGAUACCUCGUUAAUGAGGCCCAGGAGAGCAAGGGGAAGGCUGUCCACGUCCUUGCUCCUUGAUAAAGUCGUGCUAACGCUAACUGUGAUGGCAGUGGUGAUGCUGAUGGCUUGUUGCCAUACAGCAACGGCAUAUAUAUCCGAUGAUCUCGUGGUGGAAACCAACAAAGGAAAAAUCCGAGGGGUCACUUUGAAGUCUGCCACUAACAAAGAUGUUGAUGUGUGGUACGGUAUUCCUUAUGCUCAGCCUCCCUUGGGUAAUCUACGCUUUCGCCAUCCUCGGCCUAUUGAUGCCUGGUCAGGGAUCAAAGAAACUACCAAACUACCAAAUUCUUGUAUUCAGAUCUAUGAUACAGCUUUUCCUGGUUUCUAUGGGAGUGAGAUGUGGAAUGCCAACACUCCAAUCAGCGAGGACUGUCUCUACAUUAACGUGGCUGUCCCUAAACCCCAUCCCAAGAAUUCUGCAGUGCUCGUUUGGGUGUUUGGAGGUGGUUUCUAUUCAGGAUCUUCGACUCUGGAUGUGUACGACAUGAGGGUGCUCGCCUCCGAGGAAAAUAUUAUCCUCGUCUCGUUCCAGUACCGCGUCGCAUCCUUGGGUUUCCUCUUCUUUGACACGGAAGACGUGCCUGGUAAUGCCGCCAUGUUUGAUCAAAUCAUGGCACUCCAAUGGAUCAAAGACAACAUUGCUCAUUUCGGGGGAAACCCCGAUAACAUCACCCUCUUUGGUGAAUCGGCCGGCGCCACGUCGGUCAGCCUCCAUCUUUUGUCGCCGCUCUCCAGGAACUUGUUCAGUCAGGUCAUUAUGCAAUCAGCCAGUGCGCUAGUUCCCUGGGGCAUCAUCACCAAGGAGGAGAGCUUAAUUCGCGGCCUCCGAUUGGCUGAAUUAAUGAAUUGCCCGCAUGAUCGACUAGAUCUCCGAGCAACAAUCGAGUGCCUGCGCCAGAAGAAUGCGACCGAAAUGGUCAACAAAGAGUGGGAUGGAAUUGUGUUCGGUAUCUGUGAGUUUCCAUUUGUUCCUAUAAUUGAUGGAUCGUUCUUGGACGAGACACCUCAAACAGCCGUGGACUCCGAGAAUUUCAAAAAGACAAAUAUCCUAAUGGGGACAAAUCAGGAUGAAGCCUUCUUCUUCAUCAUGUACUAUUUGGGGGAAAUCUUCAAGAACGAGGAGAGUGUGCACGUCACAAGAGAGGAUUUUCUCAAGUUGGUGUCGGAAACCAAUCUAUAUGUGAAGCAGGUGGGCAGAGAGGCCAUCAUUUAUGAAUACACCGAUUGGCUCAACCCAAACAAUGCUAUCAAAAAUCGUGAUGCCAUAGACAAGAUGGUGGGUGACUACGCCUUCACGUGUCCCGUGGUUGAAUUCGGCUACCAGUACGCUAGUAGCGGCAAUAACGUUUACAUGUACUAUUUCUCCGAGAGGGCUUCCACCAAUCCAUGGCCCACGUGGGCAGGGGUCCUCCAUGGCGAUGAAAUUGCCUUCAUAUUUGGAGAGCCCCUUAACCGAUCACGGAAUUAUGAUCAAAGCGAGAUUGCCCUCUCCAGACGGAUGAUGGCAUACUGGGCAAAUUUUGCCAAAACCGGAAACCCCAGUCUAUCAGCUGAUGGGACUUGGGCCACAACUUACUGGCCUCGACACACUGCGGACAAACGUGAAGUCCUCGAGUUGAAUGCAAAUUACACGAGAACUCUCAAUGGAUUGAGAGUGAAAAAAUGUGCCUUCUGGAGCGAGUUCCUACCGAAGCUGUUGGCCUCAGUAGAGAGUCCCCGGCCUUGUGACAAAUCCUGCUGUAAAAGUGUGGGCGGAGAAGUCGCAUCCUCCUCUGCCACAUCAGGGGUCUCUGGAUUUUCCAUUGCCAGCUCAAGUGACCGGUUUACACUGCUCUCCAUGCUCACCUUACUCGCAGUAAUCACUCAAUCGCAGCUGACAUAGACAUCAGCUGACGACAAAAUCACUAACCAUAUCAAUUAAGAGAUCACGUCCGAUCGUUCCUUUGAAAGUCCUCGAGGGCUUGACGGGAAACAUCGAGAAAUCAAAAAGUUCGGCACUUUCUCAAUUCACAAAAGAGCUAAUACAACUCUUGAUUCUGAACUGUUCUGAACGGCUGUAGAGAGGUGUCACCAAAGUGAAAAAGGCGAGUACAGUGCUAGUACCAAGACAUUUUGAGUGAACCCUCUGUUUGAGAACACUGACAUAAACAGCAAUGGAAUCUUUUUCGAAACGAACCCAAUUGAUUGAGUUUCGACGUAAGCAACUAAGAAAAAGGCGAGCGAAGUUUGCCUCAAUCAAAUAACUCUAGAAUCUCAAUCGGAAUUGAACCUUGAAGUGCUCUACUACAGAUAUGCUAUUAGAUGUGGAUACCUAAAACCCCUUGCAGCUCAAGCAAUCAGCAUCACCAUCAGAAGUGUCAUGAGAUGAGAGUGUCUGCUAUAUUUUUGAGACGUUGAAUCAAUCCAUUUUCCAAAUGUGGUAGCACCCAUCACCCGGUGGUUCUGCGACACUUGCCAUACUUUUGACCUGCCUUCCUAUUAUCCGAAAUUGUUGGUUACUUUAAAUAUUUAUGUCUAGAUUGUCGUCCUGAUUGAGUCCAUUUUGGUGCCAGAAAAUUCUACUCCUCAAGCUUAGACAAAACCAUUUAAGUUUUAUCUUCGAUGAUCCUACCAUCGCCACGUGGAUGAUGAUGAUGAUGAUAACGUUUUGCUGCCAUAAACGCGUUUGAACGAGAGUUUGCCCGACACAAUAAUACAUUUUGCAUGUGUUUUUUCACACAAACACAAUCCCACACUUAUUCACGGCUAAUUCUAAUCAAUUAGUGACAGCUCAUUGACACAAUGAUUGGGUGAGUUAACUCUGAGAUUGAUCUCCGUAAUUGGCUUGGGGUGAGAUCGACGCAUUCCUUUUCCCAAACGCUAAAAAGAAACCAGAUCCUCCUAUAAAGUGAUAUUGCUCCUUAUGGAGUGCACCACCACUAUCACCAUGCAGAUUUGGUUAGUCACUGCUUUCCUUAAUCCUUCUUUCCAUUGGAUUAAAGUCUCUCUCCAAGGCAAACUUAACACACCAAAUGGUCUCUUCCUCUCAAUUACCUUUCUUGUAGAGCAGCGAGUCUUAAUUCAUCUUAUAUUUUUGACCCUGUCGAGUCCUAGUUUGAUCAAUUAGAUUGCAACGGUUAACCUGUCACCCAUGCUAUAGAGGCUCGUGCAGAUUGAUGAGCCUUGUGACAAUGAGACAAAUGGGCAGAAGUUGAGUUAGGAACACGGCGUGUUAUUCCUCUCUCACUCACUUUCUUGGGUGCUCCAAUUUGUAAGUUAGGACUGCCAAAUCCAAUCAAUCGCUGAAGGAUGUCGUUCGCUUUGUUUAAGUUUCGUAUGGCACAAUUGUAACAAUUGCUGCGGCUGCUCAUAAUCCUGACACACAAUAACCAAAGGACUUGUCGUACAAAGAUUAUGGAGUUUUUCUGCAUACCGUACAUCAUCCGUAUCAUCAGAGCAACAACCACCAUUCACUCUUAAUAUAUCAUUAAAGUACCACGUAUAUGUGAUAAAUUUAGCAAGCCAUUGUUUGGAUAAGAACACCAAUUGAUCUUUGAGUGUGGUUACAUGAUCAUAUUAACAAAAAUAACAGGACUAACUUACAAUAGAAAUCGACAAAAAGCAUCAACACCAUAGACAACAUUUUUAUUUCUGCGACUACCACGUCGACUUCUACUUCUCACAACUAUACCACCACCACCACCACUACUACUACCACUACUACUUUUACAACAACAACAGCUAACAACUACUCUACUACUGUACUUCUAGUACCACCACUAUCAUUGAUACUAACAACAAUUAUAAUCUAUAUUAACAUAAUUGCAAUGAUUGUCAUCAUCCCAAUUACAACUAUCUUGAUCAUACUUAUUACACCACCAAUGAUAUUUUAUCAAGUAAAGUACCCCUUAUUGUACCAUAACAUAUACCAUAUAUAAAGUCCCUAUUAGUCGUGUUAUCAUUAUGAUCCGUUACAUUCUCCCACCAAUCAUCACGACACACAACAACUACAAUUGAGACAGAUCUGCAAGAAAAUCGUGUGCCCAAAAUUCUAAUGCUGCUUAAAUCUCUCUCUAAAAGUUUGCCCUCAUUAUCAGCAUCAACAACAUGAUUAUCAUUGUAUACUAAUGCUACAAUAAUUCUAAUAACCACAAUUCCACGGUCCCCAUUUCCCAUCAACAAUCACCCUCCCUAAUAUCCAGCUAACAACCCUCUGUCCCCAAUUUCCCAUGAUUCUCCGAUUGAAACACGAUCUCUAGCCAUUCAUUCUUCGUUAGAAAGGACGCGAAAACACACAGUCUGCUGUACUCAUUGUGCUUUGUAUUGGCAUGAAUCUUCUCUUUGGUCAACAUUUUAACGAACCUGAUUGAUGGGAUGGUAUUCGGUCAUUUCAGGAGUAGUUGAGUUCAAAUCCAAACUUUUCAUCACCAACGAUUCUAAGAUUGAUGUUUGAAGACCAUCUUCACUCUUUAAUUGGGUUUCAAUGGGAAACAUGUACAAUUGUUUUAGCCUACCUUGCCUUGUCUUGUUAUCUAUUAUCUAAUAAAAGAGUCAAGAAAUAAUACUUCUUGUUCUUCCGUGA